GAUCUCCACCUGGUUGUAAGCCCCAGGUGGACAAAACGAUCCUUUGUUCCUCUCAUGCUCCCAUCAUGUGGCUGUGUCUGUACUGGGAACCUUGUGGGAAGGCUGGGAGGUGGAAAGAGUAAUGUCUUCAUGAUGAUGACCGAUUUGUCCUUAAAGGUGAGAGGGGCACUCGGGAGGGUUGCAGCAGUAGUUGUAGAGAGCUGGUAGAAGUGGAUAUGUCCUGCUAGCUACCUCUCUGUGCCAGUGAGCAUAGUCACUGUAGGAAUAUUUACCGUAGUCUAACCUGGUUCUUUCUGUUCUUCAUGUAAAUGCUUUUUGUAUUAUGUAAAUGAUGAUAGUGUGAGCUAUCAGAAGUUGUAUAAAGCCAGCUGGGAAGUUUAUUUUUAUGGUCUUUGUUUUAUAGCUUGUAGACCCGGCUGUGAUCUCUUGAGAUGGAGCUAAGGGAGGCAGUGCUGUAAGAAAUGGUGAUUGAAUUAAUGAUUUGUUGUUUGGUGUUGCAGAAAGGGCUUUUUCCCCUGUAUGCUGUGAUGGCCGAAAGGAGAAUGGGAGACUGUUCUACUAGAGGGACAAACACAGGCCAGGAACAAUGGCAGGUGAAGACUGUGUAAGAAAACGCCAGUCUGGCUCCACUGCAACCUGCAAGACCCCUGAGAAUGAAGAGAAGCAGAGGAGACCUGAGAGCGAGAGGUCAUUUCAAAACUCAAGCAAUGGCCGGGUUGAUGUUGACCAUGCAAUAACGAGGAAAAUGCAGCUAAUAGCAGAAGCUGAGCAACUGAAACCAGCUUUCAUGAAGGAAGUGGACAGUCACUUCACAGAGUUUGUGAACAGUUUGGUAGCAAAGUCAGUGCUCCUGGACUCCUCAUCUUCAGCCUCUCUCUUCCCAGCUUCCUGCUCAGAGAAGGAACUACACAAAGCCAAGAGCUUGAGAGCCCCUCCAGAACAUGGGAAGAUCUUUACUGCCAGAAGGUCCCUCUUGGAUGAGCUGUUUGAAGUGAGCCACAUCAGGACGAUCUACCACAUGUUCAUCGCUCUUCUUAUUGUCUUCAUCCUCAGCACACUUUUAGUAGAUUUCAUUGAUGAAGGAAGGCUGGUCCUAGGAUUUGAUCUCUUGGUCUUUGUUUUUGGAAAGUUCCCAGUCGUCUUCUGUACCUGGCUGUGCAUGUUCUGUGCCACAGUUACUAUUCCAUACAAUCUUUUUGUCUGGUGGGCCCAAGGCUACUGCAGUUCCUCCCAUAGAGUACUCCGCUCUCUUUUCUAUGGGAUUUUGUUCACACUUUUCCAAACAGCUGGGCUUGGAUUUGGACCAACCUAUGUUGCUGUAUCGUAUGCACUGCCUCCGGCUUCACGUUUUAUUGUAAUACUGGAACAGGUUCGUCUUGUUAUGAAGGCUCAUUCAUUUGUCCGGGAGAAUGUCCCCAGAGUCCUGUCCUCUGUAAAGGACAAGUCCAGCACAGUACCUAUUCCCAGAAUUUCUCAAUACCUGUACUUCCUCUUUGCUCCCACCCUCAUCUACAGAGACAACUAUCCCAGGAAUCCCACAAUAAGAUGGGGCUAUGUAGCUACCAAGUUUGCACAGGUGCUCGGUUCACUUUUCUAUGCCUACUACAUCUUUGUGAGACUCUGCAUUCCACUGUUUCGCAACAGUAGUCAAGAAACGUUCAAUCUUCGAGGGCUGGUCCUCUGCAUCUUCAAUUCCAUUCUGCCAGGUGUACUGAUUCUCUUCCUGGUUUUCUUUGCGUUCCUUCACUGUUGGCUUAACGCAUUUGCUGAGAUGCUGCGCUUUGCAGAUAGGAUGUUCUACAAGGACUGGUGGAACUCCACUUCCUAUGCAAACUACUACCGAACCUGGAAUGUGGUAGUACAUGACUGGCUGUAUUACUAUGCCUACAGGGACUUCCUUUGGUUUUUUGGUAAGAAGUUCAAAGCAGCAGCUAUGCUAUCUGUCUUCACAGUAUCAGCUGCUGUGCAUGAAUAUGUUCUGAGCGUCUGCUUUGGCUACUUCUAUCCCGUUCUCUUUUUCCUGUUCACAGGCUUUGGAAUGGUCUUCAACUUCAUCCUUAAUGACCGUCGGAAAGGGCCCAUCUGGAAUGUGAUCAUGUGGACAUCCCUCUUUCUGGGCCAAGGUGUCAUCAUUUGCCUCUAUAGCCAGGAGUGGUAUGCCCGCCAGUACUGCCCCAUGGAAAAUCCCACGUUCCUGGACUACUUAAAACCACGCUCAUGGUCAUGUCACAUGAAGAUAUAAGAAGUGUAUACUCUGGCCAUGUCAUCAUGGCAGAAGAUCAGAGUUGUCCUCCAAGUAUUUGGACCAAUGACCUAACUCACUAUGGACUUUUUCUAAGGGAAGUUGUGCCUCCUGAUUAUUGGGGAGAAACUAAUUUUUUUAAACAUUACUGAGGCAAACCAGUUGACCUGGAUUGCCACAGGCCUCAUAGGGAGCAUCUACCACGUGCUGUCCUACUUUGAGCCAUUUCCAUGCCAGCAAAACUUUGAGCUGAAGGUGGAGUCUAUGGGAAUCCUACUCAGCCAGGGAUUCCCCCAAGCUGCUGCUCUUCUGGACAAUAGAUAGUCUAGUUAGAUUUGCUAGUAGCCCAUUGUUGGUGUCCGUCCAUCUUCCUUAACCAUCCCUUUGCAAUCUUUUUUCUCCCUUUUGGUAAUGGAAUGUCUACAAAACUUCUGUUCUUUGUGAUCCUGUCUGCUACUAUGACAAGGACAAGUGGCAGAGCAAUGGGAAUAUUUGCCUUCUUGCUCUGAAAAGUAGCCAGAGUAUUCCUGGAUGGCUUUGAACUGCAUUCUAUGUAUUUUGGCUGCCUAGUUUGUUUUUUUAAUGGGCAGAGGGAGAGGGGAUUGUCAGUUUACUUGCGGUUGCAUUGGAGAAUCAGGUUCAGAAGCAGGACACAGUAUGUGGGGUCUCUUUACACUGAAAAUUUUUUUUUCCUCUGUAUUCAUUAAGUUCCCAGCUGACUUACAGCAUUUUUGUUCUCUGAAGGCACUUGCAACUUCAGAAUAGUUUGUUUCUUGUAGCUCUUCCUUUCUCUUGCUCCAGAUAAUCAAUUUUUAACACAAUUAACUUGGAAAAGAGUUUCUGCUUUAAUUUGGCAGGUGCUUUAAGGUAUGCAAAUUGUUAAGGCUUUCUUUAAUGCAAAAGAUGUGAAAUAGUAUGACCCAACUGUUAGAAAAUGCAAUCAACCUCACAAGUACCCAGCACAUUCUCAUCUGAAAUGGCUACAUCCAGUUCAACGUGCCAGCACAUCUUGGUGCCUCUUGCUGACGUGUAUUAUAGCAGCUUCUAAUGCCAUUGGUGGGAAAUGAGGGGUGACACUGUGGCUGGAGCCAGAGCUGCUUUUUUAUAUGCCUGUGUCAGCUCUGAUGUCAGUGGGGCCUUCAGGUGAAGAUCAGUUUCCUGAGUAUUGCCCUCCCCAUCCUCCCUCUUCAGGAAGCCCUCCCAUACACACUGCUAAAGGGAGAAGCGCAAUGUGAAUUUGGUCUUCCAAUAUCUAUUAAUUAGGCUUAGUCCCUUCAGUUUCCUUGUUCUGUCAGAUGUGAAGCACGAAAGGGAACUUAUGUAGUAUCUGGGUGGGUGUAUCUCCAGUUUUACUGGAACUGCAGCUGCCAUUAUUGAAGAGGGAGGGUAGCCUGGUGGAGGUACCUAACUUCAGUCACAGAGAUUUUUGUUACUCAAAUGUUCUUUACUGGCACUUUUUGGUACCAGCUUUUUCCUCCCUGACCCACAGUCUAGGCGUUUGAUACCAGCCAGCAGUAUUGGGACUGUUGAUGGACUUGUUUCCCAAUCCACUUAAGACUAUCUUUUCGGCUCCUGUUUUUACUAACCUGAGUCAAAAGUAAUUCCAUGAAAGCUAGGCAAUAGUUAAACUCUUCCAGGUUUUCAGCCUUCUGUAAGAAGGAAUCCCACUCUUCAAUAAGGACAUUGUGUCAGGUCAAAUUUGCCAAAUACAGUGUUUGUGUAUGCGGCUCUCCUGAAAAUAUCCCCUGCUAGAACUUGUUUGUUGAAACAGUUGGGUUAAUUUCAGAGGAAGGGGUUCAUGUGUAUACUCAAACUUGACAGUAUUAGUGUAUAAAAUCCUGACAAUGCAAUGGGUUACUUUAUCCUCAUUCAGUUUGACUGAUCCUAAAUCUUUCACCAUAUGUUUUUAUGGGAGGCAGGGACAGAAGUGCUGGAGCAACUAAGCUUCUGUUUUAAAAAAAAGAAACAAAAAAACCCCCACCCUUUGGCCAAACAGUUUUGCCACCUCCUUAGUGUAGGAUGAAAUUCAGUCCAGUACUUCUCAGCUGUGGUGCUCAAAACACUUACGUACAGACAUAAACUGCACCCGGAUCAGGCGUGAGGUAUUAGGGACUUGAUUUCUUAUCUUGAUGCCUGUGUCUGGUCUUGCUUGUCUCAGUGUUCUCAAAAGGAGAUGAAAUAUGACACUUCGUGCCAUGUUUUGGUGUUUCGCUCGCAGCUGGCACUGUCGUAUUCCUCAUAAAGACACUCAGCAGUUACUGUGCCAGUGUCCUCGGUGUUUGAAGCCUGAGGGCUUGAGCAUCUGGCAAGCAAAGGGCAACCAGAAAGGGACACUAAGCUGUCAGAACUAGUCUUAGUUUUUGACAGGUUGAGGUUUUUAGCCUUGUCAGGGCAUUAACAACUGGGAUUACUUUGUUUCAUGGGGUUUUUUGGUUUGGUGUUUUUUUUUUUUAAAAAAUUGCUUUUGAAUGUGAGCUUAUUCUCAUUUUU